AUGGUAGGUCCGGAUUUGAUUCAGGAUACAAAGGAAAAGGUCAGAAUUAUAAAAGAUAGAUUGAAAGUAGCUUCAAAUUGUCAGAAAUCUUAUGCAGACUUGAAGAGGAGAGAUAUAGAGUAUGAAGUGGGAGAUAAGGAGAUAAGGUUUUCCUUAAGGUACCGAUCCGACCCAUCACAUGUGAUAUCAGUGGAAUCUGUGACUAUAGAACCAGAUUUAACCUAUGAGGAAGAACGAGUGAGGAUACUUGCUAGAGAAAUCAAGGAACUAAGGAAUAAGAGAAUUAUUUUGGUAAAGGUUCUUUGGAGAAACCAUAAGACCGAGGAAGCUACAUGGGAAAGUGAAGAUAUUAUGAGACAACAACAUCUUCAGUUGUUUAAUUCAGAAAUUGGAAAGCCUUCUACCAAAGAUAAGGGCAAGACCAAAGCUUAA